GGAACCGGGUCGGUGUAGCUCCGAAGGCCAUCGGUGAGGAGGCGGGGGGAAGCCGUAGCCAUGGCGGUGGCUGUGGCCAUGGUGGGAGCCGUAAACGGGACGGAGCUAGGCCCCGCGGAAGAACUCGCCAAACUCGAGUAUCUGUCUUUAGUGUCGAAGGUUUGCACCGAGUUGGACAAUCACUUGGGGAUCAACGACAAGGAUCUGGCUGAAUUUGUGAUCAGUCUUGCUGAGAAAAAUACCACCUUUGAUACUUUUAAGACUUCUCUGGUCAAAAAUGGUGCAGAAUUCACGGAUUCUCUUAUUAGUAACUUGCUGCGUCUCAUACAAACCAUGCGGCCUCCAGCAAAGCCUUCUACUAGCAAAGAUCCAGUUGUUAAACCCAAAACUGAGAAAGAAAAGCUGAAAGAACUCUUUCCAGUCCUUUGCCAACCAGACAACCCUUCUGUUCGGACCAUGCUGGAUGAGGAUGAUGUGAAAGUCGCUGUGGAUGUCCUGAAAGAACUGGAGGCUUUAAUGCCCAGCGCAGCAGGCCAGGAGAAGCAUAGAGAUGCUGAGCACCG